GUCCAUGUAUGAUAAAGACGGGCCCAUGGUCGCUGCUACUGUGUAUCGUGUGCUAUUUGACAUUAGUAGCAAGGCAUAUGAGGGUUGCGAUGCAACGUUUGACUUGCAUGGUCUCCUUGAUCCCAACGUAGUCGCAUAUGCACUUGAUGAUGCUUCGAUCCCAGUCGAUCCGCCGUCUCCACGCAAAUUAGGCAUGAUGCGGAGAAUACUUGUAUAUGUAGUCUCGUAUUUGACCGCACUUUGUCCCAAUUGCCUCUUCAACACAUUCAGAGAUACUAACGAGCAGUGGGGCGCGAAGAAGACUCUAUCUCAAGUUGCUGUCCCGACAAAGACAAACUCAUGCGCACUGACAGUAUGUAGUAGUAAAAUAAUUACAAGUCAUUACACCAUAACCGUUGAAGCUGUCUUCUGCAAUAAUGCCCAUGACUGCCAGUUCUCGUUUCCUAUCGGUAAUUGCCCUCUGCCCUGCUUCCAUAACUUUGCAGAUUUGGUAAAGCCAUGCUCCCAAUCCUGGAGUUGAGCCCUGCGUCUCUGGGUCUCA